AUGAAAGUUUCAGAGAGCUUCAGUACCGUCGAUCCAAAUAUUCAAUUUAUACUCUCUGCUGAUUCUGAGCAUUGUGAUAUUCUGAAUGAUCUGUUUGAGAGAUAUCAGAACCUGAUCCGCAGCCAUUUCAAAUCGCUAGUUUAUUCUUACAGCAAGAAAUAUGGUGACCCCAGUGGCCAUGUUGAUACAGUCGAAGUGACAGUCAAGAACUGUGAAGUUGUUCCUUCGCAAAGUAUGAACGAGAGCUACUCCCUCGAUAUCGAGGAGGGAAGUAAUUUCGUCAAACUAAAUGCUGAAGCUGAAUGGGGAGUGAUCAGAGGUCUUGAAUCCUUUGCUCAAAUGAUUCACCCAAUCAACUACGCACCUUCUGUGAAUACAACGACGAUCACGGAUUUUCCCCGAUUUCAAUUCCGCGGUUUUCUCAUCGACACUUCUCGGCAUUAUCUUCCGAUUUCAGCGAUUAAGGCUCACAUCAGCGCUCUAUCGUGGAAUAAAUUCAACGUCCUUCAUUGGCACAUUGUUGACUUAGAGAGCUUCCCUUACGAAUCCGAAAUCAAAGACAUUAUCGAGUAUGCCCGUCAACGAGGGAUCCGCGUUGUGCCGGAAUUCGACACUCCCGGUCACACAUCCUCCUGGGGACCCGGCGCUGGUCCAAAUUUUUUGACGCGAUGUUACGAUCAAGAUGGCAAUCCUGACGGAACUCUUGGCCCGAUCAAUCCCAUCUACGCGGAGAACUAUCUCCUAAUGAAACGGCUUCUCACUGAAGUAGCCCAGGUCUUCGAAGAUGCUUACUUGCACCUUGGCGGAGAUGAAGUUCCCUUCGGCUGCUGGAAAAGCAACCCAGAUAUUACUGAAUACAUGGCUGCAAAUAAUAUGACAACGUAUCCCCAGCUUGAGCAGCAGUGGGUCCAGGGAAUGGUCGAAAUCGCGGAGAGUUUGAAGAAGCAUUAUGUUGUCUGGGAAGAGGUGUUUGUCAAUGGUGUGAAAAUAAACAACAAUACUGUCGUUGAGCAAAUGCUUGUAGAUUUGGAAGAACCACGACAGUUGAAUACAACGAUGGAAGCAGUCACAAAAUCUGGACACAAGGCUCUUCUUGCGUCGCCUUGGUACUUGAACUACAUCUCUUACGGCGUCGAUUGGCAAAAAUACUACGUAGAAGAGCCAACCGCUUUCAACGGAACUGAAGAGCAGAAAAAGCUCGUAAUGGGUGGCUCAACUGCAAUGUGGGGCGAGUACGUUGACGGAACAAACUUGCUCCAGCGAACGUGGCCUCGCGCGAGUGCUGUCGCCGAGCGACUGUGGAGCGCAAAAGAAGUAAGAAGCACUCAAACAGCUUUGCCCAGAUUGAACGAGUGGCGAUGUAGAAUGCUAGUGCGUGGCCUCCCAGCUGAACCAGCCAUUGCAAAUAUUAAUCUCAUGCCUGAAUAUGGAUACUGUCCUACUCCUUAUGAUCACACCAACGAUUACAGUGGUCAUUUUUAA